AUGCCUCACAGUGCAAUCUUUUCAAGCUUUAGAAAGAAGCUUUCGCUGGGACUUUUGCUGGAAGAUUGUAAAUCUGAACAACUUCACAUAACAAUCUCCCUGAGUUUACAGACGGCAAGAAGAAAUAAUGGAAUUCCUUUUUAUGAUUUUCAUACUCGAUUUAAUGGGGUAAAGAAGAUGGAAGAAGAACCUCGGGAGAAGCUUUUUCCAUUGCCUCAGUUGGUGUUCAAAUGGUCGGAAGAGAAUUGGAAAAUUUUAUUAUGCUACGUUGAGAAACAGAGGGAUGGAAUAAAUUUUAAUUCAAAAUGUUUUAAUCGUAAUGCUGGUGGUUCUCAUUUCUUGGAUCUCUUUCAUCAGCAACAUUUUUCUUUUCCGAAGAUAAAUGAAAGUUUUACUUCUUCUAUCUUGUGA